GGUUCCCGCCCCCUCGCUUCCGGGGCCGGGCCUUGCUCGCGCGUGCGCACCAGAAGCCAGCAGUGGGGUUGCACACGCGCCUCUUCACGAGGUGGAAACAAGAUGGAGGAUUUGGCCUCGGCGUCGCUGUCUUCUGCAGCCGCUACUGGAACCUCCACCUCGACUCCAGCGGCCCCGACAGCACGGAAGCAGCUGGAUAAAGAGCAGGUUAGAAAGGCAGUGGACGCUCUCUUGACGCAUUGCAAGUCCAGGAAAAACAAUUAUGGGUUGCUUUUGAAUGAGAAUGAAAGUUUAUUUUUAAUGGUGGUAUUAUGGAAAAUUCCAAGUAAAGAACUCAGGGUCAGAUUGACUUUGCCUCAUAGUAUUCGAUCAGAUUCAGAAGAUAUCUGUUUAUUUACGAAGGAUGAACCCAAUUCAACUCCUGAAAAGACAGAACAGUUUUACAGAAAGCUUUUAAACAAGCAUGGAAUUAAAACCGUUUCUCAGAUUAUCUCCCUCCAAACUCUAAAGAAGGAAUAUAAAUCCUAUGAAGCCAAGCUCCGCCUUCUGAGCAGUUUUGAUUUCUUCCUUACUGAUGCCAGAAUUAGGCGGCUCUUACCCUCACUCAUUGGGAGACAUUUCUAUCAAAGAAAGAAAGUUCCAGUAUCUGUAAACCUUCUGUCCAAGAAUUUAUCAAGAGAGAUCAAUGACUGUAUAGGUGGAACGGUCUUAAACAUUUCUAAAAGUGGUUCUUGCAGUGCUAUACGUAUUGGUCACGUUGGAAUGCAAAUUGAGCACAUCAUUGAAAACAUUGUUGCUGUCACCAAAGGACUUUCAGAAAAAUUGCCAGAGAAGUGGGAGAGCGUGAAACUCCUGUUUGUGAAAACUGAGAAAUCAGCUGCACUUCCCAUCUUUUCCUCAUUUGUCAGCAAUUGGGAUGAAGCCACCAAAAGAUCUUUGCUUAAUAAGAAGAAAAAAGAGGCAAGGAGAAAACGAAGAGAAAGAAAUUUUGAAAAACAAAAGGAGAGGAAGAAGAAGAGGCAGCAGGCUAGGAAGACUGCAUCAGUUCUUAGUAAAGAUGAUGUGGCACCUGACAGUGGUGAUACUACAGUGAAGAAACCUGAAUCAAAGAAGGAACAGACCCCAGAGCAUGGGAAGAAAAAACGUGGCAGAGGAAAAGCCCAAGUUAAAGCAACAAAUGAAUCCGAAGACGAAAUUCCACAGCUGGUACCAAUAGGAAAGAAGACUCCAGCUAAUGAAAAAGUAGAGAUUCAAAAACAUGCCACAGGAAAGAAGUCUCCAGCAAAGAGUCCUAAUCCCAGCACACCUCGUGGGAAGAAAAGAAAGGCUUUGCCAGCAUCUGAGACCCCAAAAGCUGCAGAGUCUGAGACCCCAGGGAAAAGCCCAGAGAAGAAGCCAAAAAUCAAAGAAGAGGCAGUGAAGGAAAAAAGUCCUUCGCUGGGGAAAAAAGAUGCGAGACAGACUCCAAAAAAGCCAGAGGCCAAGUUCUUCACCACUCCUAGUAAAUCUGUGAGAAAAGCUUCCCACACCCCCAAAAAAUGGCCCAAAAAACCCAAAGUACCCCAGUCGACCUAAAGUCAGUGAUUCAACUGGAAGGAAACCUCAGUGCUGCCUCCAGAGCUUUUUGGAAAUACUCAGAUCCUGACCGCCUUUGUAACCUUCUCUAAACGUCAGGCCUGGACUUAAAAGAUUUUUUAAAACCUCCAUAAGUAGUCCAGGGGCGGUGGCUCACGCCUGUAAUCUCAGCACUUUGGGAGGCCGAGGCAGGCGGAUCACGAGGUCAACGAGAUCGAGACCAUCCUGGCCAACAUGGUGAAACCCUGUCUGUACCAAAAAUACAAAAAUUAAUUGGGCGUGGUGGUGGACACCUGUAAUCCCAGCUAUUAGGGUGGACACCUGUAAUCCCAGCUACUAGGGAGGCUGAGGCAGGAGAAUUGCUUGAACCUGGGAGGCGGAGGUUGCAGUGAGGCACUGCACUCCAGCCUGAUGACAGAGCAAGACUCUGUCUCAAAAAUAAAUAAAAAUAAUAAAACCUC